CUCGCCAGCAGCAGCUGCAGUGUUUGCGUGGAGGGCUGCGGUGGCGAUGCUUGGGGAGGGGAACGGGAGGCUGCGCUGUAUCCCCAUCAGGGUUCUCUAUUUGGGGAUAGGGAGAAGAGACCCAGGCCCCUCUCGCCAUCUCUGGACGUCGCCACUGCCCUCUAAGCCUAUCGAAGCAGCAGCUCGAGUGUGACGUUUCCUUUUCAUCCAGCCACCAUUCCCCGGGCUCAUCACACCCCUGCUGCGGAUUUAAAUAGCUAUUUUGGGGCCCAACGGGAGUGCCGACCAGUACCCUGGAUCGCGUGCUUCCCAGCCAGUUAGCACCCGGCGACCCGACGAUGGCCAAGGUCCCGGCAGGAGCGCCAGCGCAGCGUCUCGGGCACCAACAGAGAGCCGCAGCGGCGGCUUCGCGGAAACGCAGCCGGGGGCGGGGCCUCACGAGAAGCCCACAGCGCACGCGCCGCGCGGCGCCUCGGGGGCGGUGCCGGCGCGCGCGGGAAGCGCCUGCGGGGUGGCUGGCCAGCCUGCCUGUUCGCCUCCGCCGCUCAUCAUGGCCUUUUCGGUUCCCGGCUACUCGCCCAGUUUCAAAAAGCCGCCUGAGACUUUACGGCUCCGACGGAAGAGGGCCCGGGGCCUUGGGGCCGCCCUCCCGACCCGGGAGCGGCCCGAGCCGGCGCCCCGCCGCGCUGCCCUGGCGGCCGGGCUGUCACUCCGCCCCUUCCCGGCGGCGGCAGGCAGUGGCGGCGGUGGCCCGGCCACAGCCGGGAGGAACCCCUUCGCCUGCCUAGACAACCGGCCGCGGGGGGCCGCGGAGUCCCCCGACGGGCCGCCCCGGGGCCCGCAGGAGGCGCCGAGCCGGUUUUUAGAUUCUAAUCAAGAAAACGAUUUGCUAUGGGAAGAGAAGUUUCCUGAAAGAACAGCCGUUAAUGAAUUACUCCAGACUUCACACGUAUCAUUCUCCGAAUCUGAUAUCCCAUCCUCAGAAAGUACUGAGUUACCUGUGGACUGGAGUAUUAAAACUCGACUCCUUUUCACCUCUUCUCAACCCUUUACCUGGGCAGAUCAUUUGAAAGCACAGGAAGAGGCUCAAGGUGUCAUCCAGCAUUGUAGGGCAACAGAAGUUACUUUGCCUCGAAGUAUACAGGAUCCCAAACUCUCCACUGAGCUUCGUGGUGCCUUCCAACAGAGCCUUAUCUAUUGGCUCCACCCUGCCUUUCCUUGGCUGUCAAUGUUCCCUCGUAUUGGAGCUGAUAGAAAAAUGGCUGGAAAGACAAAUCCUUGGUCGAAUGAUGAAACCCUGCAACACAUUUUAAUGAGUGACUGGUCUGUGAGCUUCACUUCACUAUAUAAUCUGCUGAAGACAAAACUUUGCCCCUAUUUCUACGUUUGUACCUAUCAGUUUACUGUCCUGUUCCGUGCCGCAGGAUUAGCAGGAAAUGAUGUAAUCACAGCUCUCAUAUCUCCUACAACUAGAGGUAUAAGAGAAGCUAUGAAAAAUGAAGGUAUUGAAUUUUCUCUGCCUUUGAUAAAAGAAAAUGGCCAUGAGAAGAAAGUAUCUGGAACAAGCUUGGGACAUGGAGAGGAGCAAGCAAUCAGUGAUGAGGAUGAAGAAGAAAGUUUUUCCUGGCUGGAAGAGAUGGGUGUGCAAGAUAAAAUUAAAAAACCAGACAUACUGUCUAUCAAGCUGCGUAAAGAGAAACAUGAAGUACAAAUGGAUCACAGACCGGAGUCUGUUGUGCUGGUGAAGGGAACGAAUACCUUUACAUUGCUGAAUUUUUUGAUCAACUGUAAGAGUUUAGUUGCUACUUCAGGUCCACAGGCAGGACUUCCACCAACCCUCCUAUCCCCGAUAGCUUUCCGAGGUGCCACAAUGCAAAUGCUUAAGGCACGAAGUAUAAAUGUGAAGGCACAAGCUCUUUCUGAAUACAGAGAUCAAUUUAGUUUGGAGAUUACAGGGCCUAUCAUGCCUCAUUGUCUACAUUCUAUGACCAUGCUACUCAGAUCUUCACAGAAAGGGUCCUUUUCUGCAGGGCUGUAUACCCAUGAGCCAACUGUUAUAUUUAAUAUCUGCCCACCAAUGGAUAAAGUACUGGAUAAGGAGACGGUUCAUGAGGAGCUUGCUAAUUGUGGGUUGCACCCUAAGACUCUGGACCAACUCAGUCAAACACCAAUACUGGGAAAAUCAUCUUUACGGAAUGUGGAAAUGAGUGACUACAUUUAUAAUUGGAGAUCCUGAACACCAAAGUAAGCCUAAAAGGAAUCUUUGAGGAAAAAAGCCUUCUAGCAAAGAAAUUCAAGAUGCUUAUACCUUUGGCUUUAAAAUUCAUUUUGGAAGUUAAAGUAGAGCUUUAAUAUUCAAAUGUUUAUAAACAUUUUUUUACAUUGUUUAUUAAUUACAUGCACUAAGGAGGUUUUAAAUCAACAUUUGUUUUUACUAUUUUGAUGAGAUAUUCAAAUAUGAAAACUCAGACUUUUUAAACCUCAAGUAACUUAAUGAGAAUUCCAGAUCCUUAAAACCUAAUUAUAAACUGAAUAGAAAAUUGAAUCAAUGUCAGUGUUUUCCUUGCAAAUGGGAAAUUGAAGCUAACUUACUAUCAAUUAACUCAUGGCAGUGUGACCAAAAGCAUCAGGGCAAAACUAUUUAAUUAUCUAGGAUUAUUGGCAGGUUCUAUAGUUUAUAAAGGUAGAAAACAUGUAGGUAGACAGUAUCUGCUGAGCUAAUUGUUGAUGCUUUUACAUUAGUUGCAUUGCUAAUGAUUUAAAAUUCCUCUACUCAAAUAUUUUAAAGCAUGUUCACUCAGGUAAGGGUUUUUGUAUUUCAUAUAGCGUUAAAUGUUGUGAAGUAUGCUCAGCUAUCAGAGCAAAGUAGUAUUUAAUGUGCUUUUAGGUAGUGUGUGUAUAAUUCAAAUUUUCUUGAAUAGAAGUGCUUGGACAUUAAAAGCAUCAGGGCAAAGAAAUAAUAGUAUUUAGUGGAAAAGUAUAUGUGUUCACUUUAUAAUCAACAAAACAAAACACGACAUUUAUUCCAGAGAAGUUUAUAUUUGGGCCUUAAGCUUUUGAAAAUAAAGUUGAGACAUAGCAUAUGAAUACCACUGUAAUACACAUGAAAUAUUCUAUCAGACCCUAAAAAUUAACAUAAACUUAAACUUUCUCAUAGUCAACAAAAAAUAGUGGCCGGGUGCCGAUUUUAUUAGAUAAGUUGGUUACAGCGUUUUAAUUAUCAUUUUACGUCUAUCUAGGUGUAGCUGAAAUUCAAAAUGCACAU